AUGAAUUAAAAUUUAGAGAUUAUUUUGAAUUAGAGAAAUUUACAGCUUUGUUUGGCUCUUUAUAUUUUAAAUGAAGUAAAAUAAAAAGGUUUAGACGAUGACUUCUUUAUAAAUUAAGUAAAUUAAGAAUACAAAACAAUCAAUUUUAAAAGAAUAUUUAAAUAAAGAGGAUAUAAUUAGAUUAAAUGA